ACAUUCUACUGCCUGACCACAUGCAUUAUUUUUGAACUGGCCCCCUGGGUCCUGUCUUUAGCCCUGCCUCUUAACUGUUUCUUGGAUUCAACCUACGUGGGUUUCUCAUUCUCUCAUCCAGCUCCACGGUCACAUAGGAACAUUUCCACCACUAUCACUCUUUUGGAAACUGGUUGCUUGGUUCUGUUGGGGGCACAUGAUGUCUCUGCCAUUUUAUCAGAAAUUCCAUGAGCAGUAUGAUCAUAGCUACCGCAACAGGGACCUUCGCACCAUCACAAGCCAGUACCGUGAGCAAGAAAAGAAAAGUUCUGCCAUCUACACCCAUGGCUCCACGGCCUACAGCAGCCGCUCAUCAGCUGCGCACCGCCAGGAAUCCCAGGCCUUCAGCCAGGCGUUAGCGGCUUCCUACCAGCAGCAGGCGUCCCGGGCCACCGAGUCCACCCUCAUGUCUGCAGCCAGUCGGAAGGCCGCCUCAGCCUACGGUUAUGGCUACUCCCACGGACUUACAGAUUCUAGUCUAAUGUUAGAAGAUUAUUCAUCCAAGUUCAGCCCCCAAACAAAGAGAGCCAAGAAGAGCCUUCUCUCUGGGGAGGAGAAGGAAAAUCUGCCAAGCGACUAUAUGGUGCCCAUUUUCUCAGGACGCCAAGUGCAUGUCAGUGGAGUUACAGACACAGAAGAAGAAAGAAUUAAAGAAGCUGCUGCUUAUAUAGCCCAAAGGAAUCUUCUUGCUAGUGAGGAAGGAAUCACAACAUCCAAACAGUCCACAGUAUCAAAACAGUCUAUGUCCACUCUUCACCAAGAGGAAGCUUUUGAGAAGAAGUCGAGGAAAGUUGCAAUUCGAGAAAAAGCAGAACACCUGUCACUGAGAAAAACAUUAGAAGAAACUGAAGCAUUUCAUAGAAAGUUGAAUGAAGAUCAUCUUCUCCAUGCUCCUGAGUUUGUCAUUAAACCUCGUUCUCACACUGUUUGGGAGAAAGAAAAUGUAAAAUUACACUGCUCUGUAUCAGGCUGGCCAGAACCUCGUGUCACAUGGUAUAAAAACCAGGUGCCAAUAAAUGUCCAUGCUAACCCUGGAAAGUAUAUUAUCGAAAGUCGAUAUGGAAUGCACACGCUGGAAAUUAACACAUGUGACUUUGAAGACACUGCUCAGUACCGGGCCUCGGCAAUGAAUGUUAAAGGAGAGCUUUCAGCAUAUGCCUCGGUUGUGGUAAAGAGAUAUAAGGGAGAGUUUGAUGAGACUCGCUUCCAUGCUGGGGCUUCCACCUUGCCCCUCAGCUUUGCCGUGACCCCUUAUGGCUAUGCGUCCAAGUUUGAGAUCCACUUUGAUGAGAAGUUUGAUGUGUCUUUUGGGAGAGAGGGCGAGACAAUAAGUCUAGGCUGCCGUGUAGUUAUCACUCCUGAAAUUAAACAUUUCCAACCUGAGAUCCAGUGGUUCAGAAAUGGAUCACCUGUUUCUUCAUCAAAAUGGGUGCAAACACAUUGGAGUGGAGAUCGGGCAACACUGACAUUUUCUCAUCUCAACAAAGAAGAUGAAGGCCUCUAUACAAUUCGUGUACGAAUGGGGGAAUAUUAUGAACAAUAUAGUGCUUAUGUCUUUGUUCUAGAUGCUGAUGCAGAGAUUGAAGGAGCCCCAGCCUCCCCCUUGGACGUGGUGUCCUUGGAUGCCAACAAAGAUUAUAUCAUCAUCUCUUGGAAACAGCCAGCUGUGGAUGGAGGGAGUCCUAUCCUGGGAUAUUUUAUUGAUAAAUGUGAGGUGGGCACAGACAGUUGGUCUCAAUGCAAUGACACACCUGUGAAGUUUGCUCGUUUCCCAGUCACUGGAUUAAUAGAAGGUCGUUCUUACAUAUUCCGAGUUCGAGCUGUGAAUAAAACUGGAAUAGGUUUACCAUCUCGUGUUUCUGAGCCUGUGGCUGCCCUGGAUCCAGCUGAAAAAGCUAGACUUAAAAGUCGCCCUUCAGCACCCUGGACUGGACAGAUCAUUGUCACUGAAGAGGAACCUACAGAGGGUAUUAUUCCUGGACCUCCUGUAGACGUCUCUGUCACUGAGGCUACCCAGAGCUAUGUGGUGCUAAGCUGGAAACCUCCUGGCCAGCGUGGCCAUGAGGGCAUUCUGUAUUUUGUGGAAAAGUGUGAAGCAGGAACAGAAAACUGGCAGCGGGUGAACACAGAACUCCCGGUGAAGUCUCCCCGCUUUGCUCUGUUCGACUUGGCUGAGGGAAAAUCCUACCGUUUCCGCGUCCGCUGUUCUAAUUCAGCAGGAGUUGGUGAGCCCUCAAAGGCAACAGAAGUGACUGUGGUCGGGGACAAAAUUGAUAUCCCCAAGGCCCCAGGCAAAAUCAUCCCAAGCAGAAAUACAGAUACAUCAGUAAUCGUUACAUGGGAAGAAUCCAAAGAUGCUCAGGAGCUGGUUGGGUACUACAUAGAAUCCAGCAUUGUUGGCUCUGGCAAGUGGGAGCCCUGCAACAACAACCCUGUGAAGGGCUCACGAUUUACUUGCCAUGGAUUGGCGACUGGUCAGAAUUACAUUUUCCGGGUCAGAGCAGUUAAUGCAGCUGGACUUAGUGAAUAUUCAGAGGAUUCAGAAGUGAUUGAAAUAAAAGCUGCUAUUGGGGGAGGAGUGUCUCCAGAUGUGUGGCCUGAACUGAGUGAUGCACCUGGUGGACUAACAGACUCCAGGGGAGGCAUGCAUGAAACCUCCCAGCCAACUAUUAAGAAAGACGCUUUACUUGGUAGCAAACUUAACAAAUCUUCACUACCCAGUAGCUCUCACCUGGGCCAAACAGAAGUGAGUAAAGUAAGUGAAACAGUUCAGGAAGAGCUUACCCCAUCACCACAGAAAGCAGAUCUUAAGGGGAAAAGUAAGUCUGACCCCCUGAAAAAGAAGAAGGAUAGAGCGGCUCCAUCUCCACCCUAUGAUAUCACUUGUCUUGAAAGUUGUCGUGAUUCAAUGGUUCUUGGAUGGAAGCAACCAGAUAAGAGUGGAGGUGCUGAAAUUACUGGCUAUUAUGUGAACUAUCGCGAGGUAAUUGAUGGGGUACCAGGAAGAUGGAGAGAAGCAAACAUCAAAGCUGUCAGUGAAGAGGCAUAUAAGGUAAGACCACCACACAGUCUCAAGUAUAGUGAAGUCAGGAAAACCUCCCUGGUUCUUCAGUGGAAGCCUCCCAUCCAUUCUGGACGGACUCCGGUCACUGGUUACUUUGUGGACAUGAAGGAGGCCAAAGCCAAAGAUGACCAAUGGCGUGGACUCAAUGAGGCAGCUAUUAAAAACAAAUACCUGAAGGUGCAAGGCCUCAAAGAGGGUGCCAGCUACGUGUUCCGUGUCAGAGCCAUAAAUCAGGCAGGUGUUGGCAAGCCAUCUGACCUUGCUGGGCCUGUUGUGGCAGAAACUCGUCCAGGAACCAAAGAGGUUGUUGUAAGUGUGGAUGAUGAUGGAGUCAUUUCCUUGAACUUUGAAUGUGAUCAGAUGACACCAAAUUCUGAGUUCAUCUGGUCCAAAAAUUAUGUAUCUACUGAGGACUCUCCACGUUUGGAAAUUGAAAGCAAGGGCAACAAGACAAAAAUGACCUUCAAAGACCUAGGGAUGGAAGACUUGGGCAUUUACUCCUGCGAUGUAACGGACACUGAUGGAAUAGCAUCAAGCUACUUCAUAGAUGAGGAAGAGUUGAAACGUUUACUUGUUCUCAGCCAAGAACACAAGUUCCCAACGGUCCCAGUUAAGUCAGAGUUGGCAGUUGAAAUUUUGGAGAAAGGCCAGGUCCGGUUUUGGAUGCAGGCUGAGAAGCUGUCUGGCAAUUCUAAAGUCAACUACAUAUUUAACGAAAAGGAAAUUUUUGAAGGGCCGAAAUAUAAGAUGCAUAUUGACCGAAACACUGGUAUAAUUGAAAUGUUCAUGGAAAAGCUACAGGACGAGGAUGAGGGAACAUAUACUUUCCAGCUUCAAGAUGGAAGAGCAACUGGCCAUUCUACUCUUGUUCUCAUUGGAGAUGUUUAUAAAAAGCUCCAGAAAGAAGCUGAAUUCCAGCGGCAAGAAUGGAUCAGGAAACAAGGUCCACAUUUUGCUGAGUAUUUGAGCUGGGAAGUGACUGGUGAAUGUAAUGUACUGUUGAAAUGCAAGGUGGCAAAUAUUAAGAAGGAGACUCUUAUUGUGUGGUACAAAGACGAGAGGGAGAUAUCAGUGGAUGAAAAGCAUGACUUUAAGGAUGGUAUAUGUACCCUGCUUAUAACAGAGUUUUCCAAGAAAGAUGCUGGGAUUUAUGAAGUUAUCCUGAAAGAUGACAGAGGAAAAGACAAGAGCAGGCUGAAGCUUGUGGAUGAAGCCUUUAAAGAACUGAUGAGUGAAGUAUGUAAAAAAAUAGCUUUGUCUGCUACAGACUUGAAGAUCCAAAGCACGGCUGAGGGCAUCCGGCUGUACUCUUUUGUUACCUACUACCUAGAUGAUCUCAAAGUUAACUGGUCCCACAAUGGGACUGCCAUUAAGUACACAGACAGAGUUAAGACUGGGGUCACCGGGGAGCAGAUCUGGCUGCAAAUCAAUGAGCCCACUCCAAACGACAAAGGGAAAUAUGUAAUGGAGCUCUUUGAUGGCAAAACAGGACACCAGAAAACAGUGGAUCUCUCAGAACAAGCGUAUGAUGAAGCCUUUGCCGAAUUUCAGAGAUUAAAACAAGCUGCCAUUGCCGAGAAAAAUCGCGCCCGGGUGUUGGGAGGCCUCCCUGAUGUGGUCACCAUCCAGGAGGGCAAGGCACUUAAUCUCACUUGCACCGUGUGGGGCGACCCGACUCCAGAGAUCUCGUGGUUGAAGAAUGAGAAGUCCCUGGACUCGGAUGACCACUGCAACCUCAGGCUGGAAGCCGGCAAGACCGCCUACUUCACCAUCACCGGGGUGACCACCUCUGACUCUGGCAAAUAUGGGCUGGUUGUGAAGAACAAGUAUGGCUCAGAGACAAGCGACUUCACCAUCAGUGUGUUCAUCCCAGAGGAGGAGGCAAGGGUGGCCUCUGCAAAGCCCCAGAAAGGCAAUAAAAAGUCCAAGUGACCUGAGACCUCCAGGAGGGCUUGUGAGGACUGUUGUGCUGGGCCGCCUCGUGCUGCCUGUGUGCAGAUGGUGUGAGCUAAGUGUAAGGAAGUCUUCAUGUUUUCUACUCUCUACAUUUGUGCUGGUUUGGAGGAGGGGAGGGAAUUAUCAAAUCUUUUAUUCAUAUAAAAAAAAAAGCACCAACUAACAUUUUGCUAGUUUUUCUUUACAAGUUAUGUGUUAAGAAAAUGCCAUUGGUAGCACAAAUAUUAGGAAACAGUUUUAAGGAAAAGACCAGAAUAAAGUUAGAGGGAUGUUGAAUGAUGGUCGGAGAGCAGACAAAUGUGUUGUGGAGCAGAGUUUGGACUAGGCUAGACUUUGAUCAGUAAAUUCUCAUGGAUUGCAAUUAUACUUCAGCAUCCUAUCAAGAUGGAUACUAGUUAUUAAGCCAACCAGUAUGUUUCACGUGUUGUUGUGACAGUGAUGUACAUUUCUGUUGGCGGUCUUGUGAUUUGGAACCUCCUCUGUAUCAAUAAACAGUCCUCACACCCUUCCUCUUC